AUGGUUGGUCUUAGCAGUGCGCAGAAUAUCGAACUCAUUGAGGGACCAGGCAGCAAGACUGUUGUCUUUGGAGAAACAACCGAGCUGCGAUGUACGUGGAGGGGAAUUGAUUUGUAUUACUUGUUCCGAAGGCAGACAGUGCUGUUCAGACAUCACAAUGACGUGUUUGAGUGUGAUGGGAGGCGUUCGAUGGUAACAGCGCGACACACCUGCAUGGCGUCGCCACGCGAUCUGGAUUAUACCACUGUUGGAUUGAUGAUCAGUGGCGUGACAUUGGAAGAUGCAGGUAGUUACUCAUGUGAUUUAUACCGAUCUAGGUUACCGGUGGAUGAUGGUGAGAGGCCCCUAUCAUCAGCCCAAGGAUACCUCACUGUUAUCGUUCCACCCAAUGGGGAAUCGCCCCAUUGUCUGACGAACGACCCUUUAUCCAAUCACAAGGUUGGCGCUGACAUCCAGAUUACGUGUAACUCCUCAGGCGGCCUUCCCCCAGCCCAGCUUUCUUGGUACCAAGGUCCAAACCUAGUGGCAGGGCCUUCUCAGGGAGUUCUGACAUACACUCAUCGUAUAACAGACAUUGACGACGGUCUGGAGUUGAACUGUCUGCUGAAUAGUUCAGCUCUACGUGACACGCGAAACUGUUCCAUAAUUGUGGAUAUUCCCCCGGAAGCCGAGAUACAGCCGAGUCUCUUGUCAAUUCAAAGCGGUGGCAACGUUUCCUUCAGGUGCAUUGGUCGCUUCUUCCAAGAAGUCAGCCGGCAGUACACCUGGGAUUUACCUAGUGUGUCACAGAGCCUCGAUUUUGACCAUCAGAUCCAAGGUGACAUGUUGAACCUGACCAACGUACGAACCACACGAGGCGCGGAGGAGAUCCUCCUGACGUGUUUUGUCUCCGAUGUGACGGCAGAUGGGCGUGCGUGGGGCACAGCUACACUUCAGAUCGUCUCGGUGAAAACCACACCCGUGCCCGCCUCGAGGUCAGCUCCACCGAAUCGUUCGAACACAAGCUCCCCAUCAGGUACAAGCACACUUUACAUUGCACUCGGCUCCUGCAUCCCCGUGGUAUUGAUUGUGAUCAUAACAUGCCUGAUCCUGCUCCGGAUGAAGACGAAGCAUCGCCGCAAGGCAAAUACCCCUCGAGCAGGCGACGACGAUCAGCGCGAUCCAGGUGCGGACUACAUCGGUCUGUCCAACACAGGCCGCACGGACAAGUCUCAGAUAUCGCCAUACCAGGGCCUGGUACCGGAAUACCUGGAUCUUACAUGCCCGCCAGAUGGUGAUGGGAAUGGGACCAGGCCUGUCUCAGAGAUGGUCUAUGGUAACGUCGCAGCGAGCAGUAACCAAUACGAGACGCCGGUAACAGUUGGUAGAGGGAAAGAGGACGAGUUAUACGUCAAUCAUGAUGUGGUGAAGGGAAAACGGCAGAGGGGACUGCGGAAAUAA